CAGAAACUACAACUACUACACCACCACCAGAAACUACAACUACACCUCCACCAGAAACUACAACUACUACACCACCACCAGAAACUACAACUACACCACCACCAUCAGAAAAUACAACUACUACACCAAUACAAACUUUGACAGAUCCCUGUCGGACUCUGAACUGCACUCAGGAUGAAGUCUGUAAGGCGAUAAAUGGAGCUUACGGCUGUGCCUGUAGGAACACUUCAAGACGCAACCCAAAAACUUGUGAUGCAAUUAAAACAUGUUCAGGCAGCACUGGGUCACUGUCUCUGUCUCGCUGUCAGCUCUUUCAAGCCGGAUAUUCUGUAGACAUUCUCCACCUUAACAACGCAAGCUGCAAAGGGACGGUCCAAAAUAACAGGCUGGUGUUCAAAUUUGACAGUAACUUCAACAUGUGUGGCACAACAAUGGAGAAUAACGGCACACACAUCAAGUUCAAGAACAGUGUUGGGACGACCAACGGGAUAGGGGUCAUCACUCGCUCUGGUGGGCUCAACAUUAACUUUUCAUGUGUGUAUCCACUCAUCCAGAGCAUCUCCAUGCCCAUGCCCAUCCAAGCCACAAAAAGUGUAAUCAGGAAAGAUCUAUAUACCGAGGGCUCGUACCAGAUCAGCAUGAUCCCAUACACUGAUGCUACAUUCCUCGUUCCAUUCUCCGGAAAUGUGAUCCUAGAAGUGAACCAUCAGAUGUAUAUAGCUGUGCAAGUGAAUCCGCUUGACAGCAAUCAGGUCGCUCUUGUGCUGGACAGCUGCUGGGCCACGCCGGUCAACCAGACUGACUAUUCCAUCCGCUGGAAUCUGAUCAUUAACGGGUGUCCGAACCCCGAUGAUGGCACAGUGGCGGUGAUGAAGAACGGCAUCUCAACAUCCAGCUAUUUCUCAUUUAGGAUGUUCACAUUCAGCGGCUUCUCCAACAAAAUCUACCUGCACUGCAAGACCCAUCUCUGUCUACAGGGAUCAGGAAACUGCGCAAAUCCAUGCACUGGAACACCUAGAAGAAGACACAGAUCUGUAGAUUUCUUUGACUCAGCUGCUAUUUCAAUGGAAUUCUGAUUUGUUUUGAGCUUUCAGCACAAUCAUUAUCUUUAUUCUGUAUGUUUAUUCAAUCAUUAGGUAUUGCUUUGAUAGUAAAUUAUAUUAAAAUGAACUUGUCUGUAACCUUCUGUAAGUAAUUAUGCUCAUCUGUACUGACUUCAUGAACAAUAAUAAAGCUUUCAAGC